AUGUCAGCCACUCGCCGGAUCCAACGAUUGCUAGUUGCAAAUAGAGGGGAAAUUGCCGUUCGCAUUCUCCAAGCUACAAGAGAGGCAUGUCCAGAGAUUGAGACAUUCGCCUUAUAUACGGAGGAUGAUCGCUCCCAUUGCGAUAUUGGGCGUCCCCAGCAUACCCUGCAAAUAGGCCCUAACGGGUACUUGGACAUCGAACUUCUCGCUCAGUUAGUUCAGCAACAUGCAAUAGAUGCCAUCCAUCCAGGAUAUGGCUUCCUCAGUGAGAGUGCGGAGUUCUCCAAAUGCAUGCAAGAUGCCGGAGUUAUGGUCAUCGGGCCUGGCUGGGAGAUCCUGGAUCGAACAGGGGACAAGCUUCGGGCAAAGCAAUUGGCAAUCGAGAACGAUGUGCCCGUCUUACCGACAUUGGAAUACAAUAUAGCCACUUCAUCAGGCUCAUCACACACUCCAGCAAACCCAGAGCAGCUCAAGGCGUUUGCUCACAAUGUUGGAUACCCCGUCAUGAUCAAGGCCGUUGAUGGUGGCGGAGGACGGGGCAUCCGGCUUGUACGUAGAGACGACGAACUAGAUAACGCAGUUCGAGCAUCUACGGCCGAGUCACCCUCACAGACAGUUUUCGUGGAGAAGGCGGCCGUGGACGGAUUUCACCACAUUGAGAUCCAAAUCAUCGCCGAUGGCAACGACGUGCAACACCUAUGGGAGCGAGAUUGCAGCGUGCAAAGACGGUUCCAAAAGAUUGUCGAGAUCGCACCAUCAGUAAUUCGUGAUCAAAACCAUGCUUUGGUGAAGAAGGUAGCAGACGCAGCUGUGCGUAUAAUGAAGGCAAUUCGAUACCAAUCUCUCGGGACCGUGGAAUUCCUAGUCAACGAGCAGCUUGGUGAAUUCUAUUUCCUAGAAAUCAACCCACGUAUCCAAGUGGAGCAUACUAUCACUGAGUCCAUCACCGGAGUAGACCUCGUCCAGUCCCAACUCCUGAUUGCUCAAGGGUACUCUCUCACUCAGCUUGGUCUGGGUGGUUGUCCAGAACCCCGUGGUCAUUCAAUCCAACUUCGACUAUGCUCGGAGGAUCCGCGCGCUAACUUCUCGCUGAGCGUGGGUAAGGUGACAGAAUUCAGCGUCCCCACUGGAAAUGGAGUUCGACUGGAUACCCAUGUCGACAUGGCAGGUCUCAGCCCCGUUGUGGUUGGCGCACAGUUCGACAACCUACUAGCCAAGAUCAUUGUUACCGGCUCACUGAGCUGGCAGGCAACAGUCCUUAAAGCACGAAGAGUGCUGGCAGAUACAAGGAUUGCAGGUGUCAAAUCCAAUCUAGACUUGCUGCGAGGGAUCAUUGGCCAGGAAAACUUCCUCAGCGGGAAUAUAGACACACAAUGGCUAGAGAAGCACCUCGACGAGGCGGUGCAGCUGGGAGACAAUAUUUCACGCUCACUGCAGACAUCCGUCCAGAUAUCCCGACCUUCUGGUGGUCUAACCAUGCCCCAGUCUAGUCUACUGUUCCGACCAGGUGAUUCAUGGUCGAUCACUCUCGAGCCUCUGGGUAGUCAGCAAAAAGAAACGCAAGAGCAGAAACAUCACCUUCAGCUAACGCGCGUGCUGCAAAAUGAUUUUCCCUCGUCCAUCUCAGCAGAGGUCGAAUAUACUACAGCUUCAGCUGCCACAGCAUAUCGCAUGAAGAUGGCAACAACGAAUACAUCCGCCUCGGCCUUGGUCUCGUCCCAUCGCCGUGGAGAUCCCCGCAACGCACGACAUAUUGUCCUUCCAUUGUCAGGCAAACUGAUUGAAAUCCUCGUGGCACCCGGUGAUAUUGUGGAAGAGAAUCAAGUUGUCGCCUUUAUUAAACAGAUGAAAAUGGAACUUGAGGUCAGAAGCCCACGGACUGGGCGCGCACAGUGGGUAUUCGAAAUGGAGGAGGAAGAGGAGGACGUGGCUGAAGGAAUUCUCCUAGUUGAGCUAGAAGAAGAACUGCGAGGGAAGCUUUAG